AUGUCCUGUCGCUCCUACAGGAUCAGCCCAGGAUGUGGAGUUACCAGAAACUUCAGCUCCUGCUCGGCUGUGGCCCCCAAAACUGGCAACCGCUGCUGCAUCAGUGCUGCUCCCUUCCGAGGAGUGUCCUGCUACAGGGGAUUGACCGGCUUCAGCAGCCGAAGCCUCUGUAACCCGAGCCCUUGUGGGCCCCGCAUGGCUGUUGGAGGCUUCCGCUCUGGCUCCUGUGGAAGAAGCUUCGGAUACCGCUCUGGAGGUGUCUGUGGGCCCAGUCCCCCCUGCAUCACCACUGUCUCUGUCAAUGAGAGCCUGCUCACACCCCUCAACCUGGAGAUCGACCCCAAUGCUCAGUGUGUGAAGCAUGAGGAGAAGGAACAGAUCAAGUGCCUCAACAGCAAGUUCGCAGCCUUCAUCGACAAGGUGCGCUUCCUGGAGCAGCAGAACAAGCUGCUGGAGACCAAGUGGCAGUUCUACCAGAACCAGCGCUGCUGUGAGAGCAACCUGGAGCCGCUGUUUGGAGGCUACAUCGAGACACUGAGGAGGGAGGCUGAGUGUGUGGAGGCUGACAGUGGGCGGCUGGCUGCUGAGCUCAACCAUGUGCAGGAGGCCAUGGAGGGCUACAAGAAGAAGUAUGAGGAAGAGGUGGCUCUGAGGGCUACGGCAGAGAAUGAGUUUGUGGUUCUAAAGAAGGAUGUGGACUGUGCUUACUUACGGAAAUCAGACCUGGAGGCCAAUGUGGAGGCCUUGGUGGAGGAGUCAAGCUUCCUGAAGCGUCUCUAUGAAGAGGAGAUUCGUGUUCUGCAAGCCCACAUCUCAGACACUUCAGUCAUUGUCAAGAUGGACAACAGCCGGGACCUGAACAUGGACUGUGUCGUGGCUGAGAUCAAGGCUCAGUAUGAUGACGUUGCCAGCCGCAGCCGGGCAGAGGCCGAGUCCUGGUACCGCACCAAGUGUGAGGAGAUGAAGGCCACUGUGAUCCGGCACGGGGAGACCCUACGCCACACAAAGGAGGAGAUGAAUGAGCUGAACCGCAUCAUCCAGAGGCUGACGGCUGAGAUUGAGAACGCCAAGUGCCAGCGUGCCAAGCUGGAGACCGCUGUGGCUGAGGCAGAGCAGCAGGGAGAGGCUGCCCUCACUGAUGCCCGCUGCAAGCUGGCUGAGCUGGAGGCUGCCCUACAGAAGGCCAAGCAGGACAUGGCCUGCCUGCUCAAGGAGUACCAGGAGGUGAUGAACUCCAAGCUGGGGUUGGACAUCGAGAUCGCCACCUACAGGCGCCUGCUGGAGGGCGAGGAGCACAGGCUGUGCGAGGGUGUGGGCUCUGUGAAUGUCUGUGUCAGCAGCUCCCGUGGUGGAGUCACAUGUGGGGGCCUCACAUAUGGCACAACCCCAGGGCGCCAGAUUGCCUCUGGUCCCUCUGCCACCGGGGGCAGCAUCACAGGGAUGGCCCCUGACUCCUGCUCUCCUUGCCAGCCACGAUCCUCCAGCUUUAGCUGUGGGAGCAGCCGCUCAGUGCGCUUUGCUUAG